AUGGACACCGAAAUCACUCUGUAUUCGACCCCCGGCUGCAUCUACGCCCAGCAAAUGCGCCUCAGCCUGACAAAUCUUGGCGCUCAAGCCUCACUCGUCACAGAUGAAGCACUGUCUGGCACAGUACAAGUCGAGGGGCGAAGCUUUCAGAACAUCAUCGAGCUUGGAGCAGCGCUGGAACAACUUGGGAUCAAGUUUUUCCCAGAAGAAGAAAGAAAGCGAGAACGACAAUUGAAGCUCGCGCUCGGCUUCAAUCAGAGAAUGGUUCAGGUCUUUGGCGUCAUGAUGGAAGACAAUGUCCAUCGAAACGACGCCUUUCAUUUGUUCAUGGAGUCUCUUGCAAUUUUCGAAAACGAAUUGAUUCGAUGCGGCCGCUACUUUGGCGGAAAAGCACCUGGUUUCCUCGACAUCUUCCUGUUCCCCUACAUCCAGCGAAUCGGAGUGUGGACACCAGAAUUUCUAAAAGGGGAGCUGCUGAGAAUCCAAGCAUGGCGACGAAGAAUGAAAGAGGAGGAACUCGUCAUGACUGAUGCUCACAAAACUACUCGAAGUGGGCUAUUGAAAUACGCCAAGCAACUGCGCCAAACUCCGGCGGAAGAACGCGCCAUCAAACGACUUAAUAGCUGUGGACAACUUGUUGAAGACUAG